AGCUUGUUCACAUCUCCAAUCUUGACACCUUCUCUUGUUCCAGAUAUUCACCUCUCUAGCUACAAAGCUUGCUCGGCAACAAUGGCUGCAGGUGGAGCUCCUCUUCUUGUUGCUGUUGUUGUUUUCUCCAUGCUGAUCACGUCUUCCGUGGGGGUGCCGAGGCCUUUAUGCAGCGAGUGCGAGACACAAUGCCGUACCAACUGCACUGCGCAGGUUGAAACCUCCUGCAGGGGUUACUGCACUAGUGGUGGCGGACCUCGAUCGGGCUGCCGGAGAUCCGUGUUUGAGGAUUGCAACGUAAAGGGUACCUGCUGCAGUAGCAACGGCACAUGCACUUGUGACUGCAACACUGUGGCUGAAAGGGCUUGCAUGACCAUCAGCGACGGCACCCUACAAUGUGAACCUUGCCAGCGCAGCAUAUACAACCAGUGCGGUUCCACCUGUAGGAAUGAUUGCAACAACAACUGCAAGAAGAAAGGGUGCCGCCAUGCUUAGGAAUGACAUGUAGUCGAUCGGCUGCCUUGCAUAAGAAAUAACAUGGCUCGUUGUAGUCGUGCAUAGACUUUUGUAACCGCCAUGACCUCGUUCUGUGGGAUGGCAUAGAAGGAAUUAAUGGGUCGUGGCGCAUCACCUCCGGCGUUUUAGCUGUGGAUUUGCAUUCUGUUUAUCUAUACUGAAUAAUAAUAUGAAAAACGAAAGAAAUUUCACAAAGUUGACAU